ACCCUAUUUCUUAAAAUACAACUUUCAUCCUACUCCAACAUGUUAGUUGUUUUACCGGAUUUAUUUUUGAAUUUUGAAGAACCCGGCUUUAAAUACUAAAUUCAUAUUCGCACAAAAGAGCGUACAUGGUCGUCUUUAAGAAGCCCCCGACUCUACCGCGGUCAGAGAGCAACAACGUCUUUUGACGUCAUUGUUUACCAAUCUGUGAUAAAUGCCGAAAUUAAAACAGUUUUUAAAUCAUUUAACGGUUUUUUCAAAAGUAGAUUAUAGCCUUAUGCGGUUUAGUUAUUUAGGUAAUGUUGGAAGAAUUCAUGAGUUACUACGUGUGUGUGUUUUUGUUAACCACCUGCUGCACAGAUUUUGAACCUGUAUCAACACCUGUUGCAUUGAAUUAGAAGACAAUGAACUGGAGUAAAACGGAAAACGAAAGGGGAUUCGCUUUUUACGUAAAUAAUGAAAAUAACCAGACUCAGUGGGAUCAUCCAAAAUUUUCUGACAUAAAACAGGCCUUGGAUGACUGCAACUACGUUACAUAUCCGUCAUAUAGGGUGGCUCUAAAAUUUAGGGUUUUACAGAGAAGUUUAUUUAUGGACGAAGUCCCACUGCAGGUGGUAAUAGGUGUGUUCGAAAGGCAUCAUUUAGGCAAUAAUGAAAGCACUCUUGGCUUAGAAAGCUCCGAUUUGGAAGCUGUCUUAUCAGAUAUCUAUUUUGCUGCAAAUAAAAUGAACCACAUGAACAUCGAUGUAGAUUUUGCUACAGAAAUCACGUUAAAUUUUUUGUAUAAUGUGUUUGACAGUAACAGAGUAGGCAAUAUACAAGUGUCGUCUGCAAAAUUGUUACUGGGUAUUUUAAGUAACUGUUCCUUACUUGAUUUAUACAAAUUUUUCUUCAAUUUAUGUUCAGACCACAAUAAUUGUGUUACAAGGUCAAAGUUACAUUCACUUCUGUCAAAACAAUGCGACAUAAGCAAAUACCUCCAUGAAGAUGUUUAUUUGGGAACUCACCUGCUCCUUUCAUCGAUUGAAAGCUGUUUUGAGAGUUCUCCGGGAUUAUUAGGAGUUACCGAAAGUACAUUUAUUACAUGGCUCGAAAGCAAUCCUAAUAUAUUCUCAUGGACUCAUUUACUUCAUAGAAUAAAAUCAUCUGAGUUAGCGAUUCAUCCAGUCAAGUGUUCAAGUUGCCGAACACAACCCGUUAUGGGUCUCCUCUACAGAUGUGUGAAAUGUUCCCGUUAUGUCCAGUGUCAGAAAUGUUUCUUUACGGGUAGGAUUAGCCACUCCCACAAAUUGUCCCACACCGUAAAAGAAUUCUGCGGCACUGAUUAUAACAAAAUAAAUUCCGGGGAAAUUAUCAAGAAAGUGUGUACCCUGUUUUGUUCUAAAAGGUCCGAACUUGGAAGAUUUCAAGUUGUCGACCCUGUAAGUUGUUUAAAAGAGCAGGUAGUAAAACCACUGCCGCCUGGCGACUGCGAAGUCGAACCCUUAUCGUCUCCUCAAACUCAACUGCAAUCGAUCAUAAGGCACUUGGAAUCGCAGAACAGGGAAUUGCAACAGGUGUUGAUUCUCGGUCACGCGAGCGACAGGGAAAUGAGAAAAUACCUCGAAGAGUACCGGGUAUGCAUGGAGAAUCACAUAAAAAAAUUAAAGAGGUUGAAGGGCCAAAUCAAAAGUUGCCCGGAUUCUUCAAAGAACGCGAAAAGGGUCACCACGGAAUCUACGCCUAUGGUUCAAUUGGGUCACGCGAGGAAACAGGAUGCCGAAACGUUCGACUAUUUCAGCCCGAUCGUUCCUUAUAACGAAAGAACCGGAAGUUACAACAUUCCAGAAUGUGAUAGCAACGGAUGCGUUGAUUCGAAAUCGAGCGUGCAAUAUACUAUAGAAGACUUAAGCACUUGGAUCGGUGGGAACCCCUCCUUAUCGCAGAUGAACCUAACGGAAACCGAUAAGGGUAAUUAUAUUCCUAAAUCUCCCGUCAAAGUCUUGCACAACGACUUGGACGAGGCCCUAGCAAAACUGCAACAGAUUUUGGCCAAUAAUUUUUCGAUGGAAGAGUCGCUGGGUCCAAUGGACAAUACCAAUUUGAAAUGCGCGGUGACAGAGGUAGAAGGAAUGCUAACUUCCAUCAUCGAUAACGUAGAGUUGAGCAGGAGCGGUUCCGCACAACCAGUGAGACGAAAAUUCGAUGAGACUGAUUUUGUACAGAAGAUAGAAUAGUUCUUAAAUUAGCUACAGAGAAAUAUAGCUAUUUUUGCGUGCAUUAGGAAAAUGUAUAUAUGGUGUUGAAAAUAUUAAGACUCUGGUAAAUAUUGACGUUACCUGGUAAACAAUAAAAUUUACCAGUUAAGAUUUUAUACUUUAUAUUUUUUAAAGACUGUUGUAUUUUAUAUUCGAAGCAUAAGUUAAAGGGGUAACAUUGGGUUACUUUUAUUAGUGCA